AUGAGUGAAGUUGGGGCGAGAAUUCUCCGCCCUGGAGCCACUACAUCCUUUGGUGUUCGCUCUCAAAGUAAAUCCUCAUUUGUUCCUCCAACUUCUUAUUCAUCUUUGGGCAAUAAUAUUCGACAAAUCUUUCCAUCUCCUCGAGAAUCAAACGUUUUAUCAGAUUUUAAGAACAACUAUCAAAUAAUGAUGAAUAAUGUAGCAUCAUUUUUAUCUCAUAAUAAUACUACUUCUGAAUUUCGAUCUCAAUUCAAUCUUAUGAUCAACGAAAUGGAUGCACUCUAUAAUACAUUUAUUAUAAAUCUGCCAAGAACAUCAUCUUCAGCACUAAAAUCCGCUCGUUCAGCAAAAAGUCAAAAUGGAGAUAAAUUUUUACAGAGUUUUCUUCCAUUUUUAAAGCAAUUUGCAGUUUUUUCAAAAGCAAUGCGCAAAAUACGUCAAAGUGGCAAUGAUCCAAUACAUGAAGCCAUAGAUAUGCAUUUUACAAUCGUAAGCGAUUGUCUUGAGACAAUAAGAAAGAAUUCAACAUCAGUAACAGGCAUACAUGAUGCUGCAGUUCGAAAAUCUAAGACUUUGAAGAACCAGUUAAUGAAUUUAAAGCGAAAAUCAAUUUUAAUUAUCCAAGAAGGCCAAGAUACCACGAAAAUAACUACAGAUAUCAGGAAUUUCUCACGUGUUCUUAACGAUUCCUUUACAUCUGAGUUCGCGGAGUCUCCAUUAGGUCCUACAGCCCUAGAAAAGCUCAGGAGCGACUCAUAUACGUCAUGUUGUGCAAUAAUACAUUCUGUAAGAGAAGCAGGAAUGUUCGAUAGCCAUAGUUCUCAAAUGUUUGAAGCGUAUGACAAUUUUCGUUACGCAAUUCAAAGUUUACUUGAUAAGAAUGGGGUAGAAAAGAAUCUAGGAGAACUUGUUGACUGUGAUACAGAAGAUAUUGAACAAAUAACUAUCAGAUUCAAUAGAGAUGCUUCACUCCCUGAAAUUCUUCAAAAAGGAACGGAAGUUUUUGAGGAUAAGAAGGUUCUUGAGUUCAUAGAGAUCAUCCAUGAUAAGUCAACUGCUAUUAUUAAUGAAAAUGAUGAGUUAAAAAAGAAAAUUUCUGAAUAUGAAAAUAUAAGAAAAGAAAUUAAACAAGCUAGAGCAGAAAAAGAAGCUGCAUGCAAGAUAGCAGAAGAUUCUAAGAGAGAAUACGAGGAAAUGAAGAAAAUUUUGGAUGAAAAUAAUAAAAAAAUGGAAGAAUACGAUAAAAAUGCAGGAGCUGAUACACAAUUUAGACGAGCGCUUACAGAAUCGAUUCCUCAUAUCGCUUCCUUCUUGAAUGAAGAUGUUCCUGAAAUGGAAACAGACAGAAAAAUUUUAAUUGCAUUCAGAAACCUACUUAAAGGGGUACUUGGUCAGAAAUGCCAACGCUGUGUUCAAUUCUUAGAGCGAGAGAGGAGACUUGUUGAGACAAUGACCGCUUAUAUCGAGCCAGACGAAGAUAUCGAAAAAAUGAUGUCAACUUUUGUAAAAAUUUUCAGAGAAAACCAGAUGAAUCUGAAGUCAAGGUCAAUGGAAUGUUCCCAGGCAAAUAUCUUGAUUGGAUCUCAAAGAGAAUCGUUUUUCAAGAUUUUGGCACUUUUUAACGUUUCUCAAUCCAAGGCCGUGGAUAUCGGCGAAUAUACGUAUAACACGGUCAAAGAAAACCUCGAUCAGAUGAAAAGAAGCAUGGACGGAAUUGCUGACCAGAAAUCAUCAGCACAACAAGAAUUUGUGGCUGAUUUAAUGAAAAGACUCAAGUCUAUCCUUGAAACAGAGCAAACAGAGUCAAUUGAAAGUUAUUUAGACCAAAUUGAAAAUAAUUUAAGGCAAGCGGAACAAGAUAGAUUAAAUAACAAAGUUUUCUUGAACAGUGUAUCAGAAAGACUCUAUCAAAUCAUCAAAAAAGAAAAGAAAACAAAUCCAAUUAUUCAAAAUGAGGUAAAUGAUGCUUUAGAUGACGUCCAAGAUUACAUAAAUAAUAUAGAAAGCAUUCCUAAGGAGAAAGAAACUGUAAAUGUCGUUGAUUACGCUUUAAUUGCUGAUAAAUUAUCAAAAAUUUUAGAAAAAGAGGUCGAUAGAAACAAUGAAGAUGCAGUUUUGCAAGCAGUUGAUGAAAUAAACAAUGAUUUGACCAGUACAAAGAAGAAACUGAAGACAACUUCAAAUGAAACUGUUAAAUAUAAAGAAGAAAUAGUUGAAAUUGUCAAGAAACUUCAGAAUUUCUUAAAUCAGCCAUCAAAUGUCCCUGAAGAUCUUGAAAAACUCGUAGAAUCAGCUGAUAUUCUUAUUAAGCAACUCCUUGCUCAAAGAAAAGAUAUGAAAUUAUCAGAUAUCACCAAGAUGUUCGAACCAAUCUUCCAAUACAUGCAAAGUGCCUCUCAAACUGAUCCAUUUUCUUUCAUUCCAGAAUUUGUCUCAGAAUUUGAGAUGAUUGAGGGAUCAGUACAAUCAUUAAAGCCAUUUGCAUUAAUCCUUAAUAACAUAUUCACUAAUUUUGACUGCCAAUUCUCAAGUUUUGAUCCAAAAUCUCAAUCAUAUAAUUAUCUCAAGGGACAGUUGAACCAGUUACAUCAAACACUUAACUCAAUGUCUGCUGCAAAGACUCACAACUUGAUAUUUUUGAUUCUUUCUAGAUUUGUUACGUUUAUUUCUUCAAUCUCAUCAGCAUUAGCUAUGGCUUACGAAUCAAAGAGCAAGCCAGCUUAA